AUGUCAUCUUUCAAGGAAUUUUUGCCACACACGGUUGGUUUUGUACUUGACAAUGAGGACAUAACGUUUCCUAGUUAUGUGCCCACGAAUGUGCAGUCUCUCCCGCACACCUCGAAUGGGAUUAGGCAGUUGGUGAUUGAAAAGCAGAAUCAGCGGGUGUUCCCCACGUACAAUAGGUUGUUGGAUAGGAUGGAGGAUGCUUUGGUGCGGUGGAGGCCUCCGGCGUCGUCUCAUGUUGGGUCGUCCCUUGCGAUCCACGGGACGCAUCCAUACCAGAAGGAUUUCAGUGAGCCCAAGGCAAUUGGCAAGGAUCUUACGGAGUCCAUCGAGCAGAUGAAGCAGAUGUUCCAGCAAUGCUGGAACAAGGACAGUGGCGGGCAUGGGGAGGUUGUUGAGGAUAAUGACGAUACGUUGAGCGAUUAUUCCCUUCCGCCAGCGGCUUCCGGGGAGGAUGUCAGUCCCAAAUGUAGGGGUCUGUGUUUUGACACACUUUCUACAAGUAGACGGACGCCGGUUGCGUUCCCAAUCCGGGCGAGUGUUGCAACGCCACGUUCUGCGCCUGUAGAGGACAUCGAAAAUACUCUAAACACGUAUAAAUUCCCUGUCCCGUCGUACUACCUCCCACCAACGCUACAGCGCCAACGACAGCAGGAUAACCACGAAUCGCUGCAGCUGCAGCUGCCCGGUUCCCAGCGCCAGCACGCUGGCGCCGGCGCUGGCGCCGGCGUGGCCGAUCUAGAACACCAAUCCAGCUGGCAUACCUGGUGUCUGUUCUGGAAAGAUUUCUGGUUCGACUUGAACAACUUGCUAGUCUGCCACAUAGAAGAGGAUUUAUACUAG